AUGGCAAUACCCUCGUAUAUACGUUUCUGGCUUCAACUACUGCCUUUUAUUCCAUCUCUGAUCGUUACUUUCGUUGUUCUUUGCUAUUUUCUCAAACACAAAGCACUUCGAACAGCACUUCAUAAUCAUGUUAUUAUACUUCUUUUAUUCGUCGGAUUGAUUGAAGAACUUACUGGUGUUGUGUGGAACAUUUAUUUUUAUCGUAAUGGUAUAACUCCAGUAUCAACGACUGUCUUCUGUUGUACUUGGGCAUUUAUGGAUUCAAUAACAAUCGUCUCAAACUAUAUUUUGAUGACUUGGGCGUCGAUCGAACGUCAUGUUUUGAUUUUCCAUUCUGAUUGGUUAGCGACAAGAAUGAAACGUCUUAUCCCAUGUCCUGAAAAUCGUUGA